CGAGCCUCCACGUGUGGCAGCAGGACAGCUCUGCACGCCCCCUGCGGUUAUGCUUCCCACUCGCACCAACGUGGCUGCUGGGAUCCCCAGCAGCAAAGUGAAAUACUCAAAGCUCCCCAGCACUGACACUGGGCACAUUAACCGUCAGAAGGAAACUUCGCCUACUGAAGCUAGCUUUAAAUCGAAAAGAUGUCCAGUGAGAUCUCACUUAGUAAAGUUUAAGAAAAACUCUACGAGGAUUCCUUAUAAGGCCAUUGCCUGUGCCACCGCGCAGUUUUUGAUUGGCGCCUUUCUCGUUGUCACGGGUUGCCUCCUGCUGGCAGGCUACAUCAGCAAAGUGGGCGCCAACCGGGCUGUUGCCGUUCUGAUUGUUGGCAUCCUGGUGUUUCUGCCUGGGUUUUACCACUUGCUCAUCGCUUACAGAGCGCACCGAGGCUGCCAGGGCUGCUCCUACAGUGACCUUCCAGACUGUGAUGACUAGCGCCCCCUACAGCCAGGAGAAGAGUCACAGAUGGGGCUGAGCGGAGCUUUAAGGCGUUUGGCAGAGGCUGUGGACCUCUAUGCCUAAGGAUUAAGGAAUUCUGAAGCUUUGUAGAUACUUAGCAAAACUAUGGCCAGAUUGUAUCAAUUCGUCCCCAAAAUGUUUACAAUUAGCCAAAUAGGAAGCUGGGAAAUGCUCCAUUUUUAUGUUCCUGGCCCUGGCUAAAACUCCCGACAAAAUUUUCCACAUGUAUAGUGGAAGAAUAGCAAUGGUAAUUGUAUGGGGAAGUGAAAAGUUAUUUUGUAGGGCAAAAUGUUGACACCACCCUAUUUAGAGCCGAACAUUUCUUUUAAACAGUCCUCAUUGGUAAUUUUAUCUUGUGGCAAAUGGAAAAAUGCAGUAUGUCUGAUUUCAUAUUACUAAGUAAUUUACUUGGAAAAUUUCUGAGUAUUUUAUCCCCCAUGCUUAUCUCCACCUCUGUAACCUAUGGAUACCUUGGUAAAACCAAGUAUCAACUUAGGAAAAAUAAAGAGCAAUACAGUUGUGUUGUGUGCAACUUUAGAGUCAGAAGUGGUUUUAAACCCCAGAUGCCAACGUUUUUAACUGUAUGACCUUGGACAAAUUAUCUUAAUACUCAGAGUUUGGGACCAUAAUUCCUACUGCUCUGGGUGUCCGUAUGGGUCAAAUAUAGUAUUUAUAUCAACAUGGCACAUAAGUGUUCCCCAAAGUGUUAAUUCCUCACUGUCAAAUAGGGUUUUAUAGAAGACGGCACAUGAAAUUAACUAAAGCCAUAGGUGAAGUGCUUCCAUCCCCUUCAGGCUAACCUAGGAAAGUUGGCCACCCAAGAGAAUGAGACUGCUAAUCUGUAAUCUUGGUUUAAAUCAGGGCACUGGGUUGCUUUCUAUAUGAGCCUUUUCCUCUUGAGUCCUAUGUAGGAAUAGGGCAGAUCAAGGAUUUGUGUCACCUAAGGCUUAUGCAAUUUGAAGGGCUCUCUUAAGAAAAGAGAAUUCAAAAAUAUGAAUUAGAAAUUAAGUGCAGGGCAUAACAAAGGGCCUAUAUUAAGUAUCAUCAACUUCAUGGUAAACCUGGCACUCAUAGAGAAGGUAAAUAAAGGAUCUAUAGAAA